AAAAUCCUUGCCCCCAAAAUCACCAUUUUCGCGAAGCGGGAAUGAGCGUUUAUCGAUUGCCGCUCGAAGAUGAAGACCAACAACCAUCACCAUCAAUCCAGUCGGAAACCAACAUGGUGGGUUUCAUUAUCGCCAACAUUGUCGGAUUACAAGACUAUUCCGGCCGUCUAAGUGGCCGGGAGAUGGUCGGUCUUGUUCGAGAACCCUUGAAUGGCUUCGACACUAACGCAAUCAGAGUCGUCGAUACUCGAGCAAUCCAAGUCGGCCAUAUCGAGAAGAAGGUAGCUAGUGUUCUUGCACCUUUAAUCGACUCUAAUUUGGUUCAUGUUGAAGGGAUUGUACCCCUACCCAGUACCCCUAUAAAUGGUGUUCGGUCUAAGCUCCCAUGCCAUAUUCAUAUUUUUGCAAAGAUCGAAGCCUUCGAAACCGUCAAAYYCUCAYUUUCACWAUGUGGGUUGUAUUUGAUUUCACAAAAUGAUUCUCUGUUUAGUACUUCUGAAUCUAUGGUCGUGAAAGAGAAGAAAAAGAGUGAUGUAGAUGAAGUUUUCAAGUUGGUUGAUGAGAAUGUAAGUAAAAGUAGGGUUAUGGGGACAAUGGAACCCCCAAAAGAUGUCAUUCUACCUGAUCUUUUUCUGCACCAAAAAGAGGGUUUGAGUUGGUUGCAUCACCGUGAGAAUUCCGAUGAAUUACCUCCGUUUUGGGAACAAAGAGACGAUGGUUUCAUCAACCUGUUGACGAAUUAUCAAACCGACAAACGGCCGGAGCCUUUACGCGGUGGGAUCUUUGCGGACGAUAUGGGAUUGGGUAAAACUCUCACUUUACUUUCUUUGAUUGCUUUGGAUAAAUGUAAGAUUUCGAAYGAUGGAACAAGUGAACUAAUGGGAAUAGAAKAUGAUCAAUCGGUUGUCCAAAUUGGUAAGAAAUCAAGAACCAGAACUGUUWAUUGUAGCAAGAAACAGAAAACAGAUGACACCCUUUUGGAUGAAMGAAAAAAGAAAGAACGAAUAGGCRCGAAAAUGACAUUAAUUGUGUGCCCACCUUCUGUUUUCUCAACUUGGAUAACACAAUUAACCGAUCACACCAAAAGGGGGCGGCUAAAAGCAUAUAUGUACUAUGGGGAACGAACUCAAGAUGUAUCCGAGCUUCAAAACUACGAUAUAAUCUUGACAACUUAUAGUACUCUAGCUAGUGAACUUAACAAUUCAAAUGCUCCAAUAAAGAAGAUAGAGUGGUGGCGKAUAAUCUUGGAUGAAGCGCAUAUGAUCAAGAACGACAGUGCRAAACAAAGUAAAGCCGUGAGUAUGUUGAAUGCUAAACGGAGAUGGGUUGUUACAGGAACACCCAUUCAAAAUGGGUCGUUGGAUUUGUUUUCUCUCAUGGCAUUUCUAAGAUUUGAUCCAUUUUCGACCAAAAGUUACUGGUAUAGCUUGGUGCAACGCCCAAUUGCUCAAGGGAACGACAAGGGGCUCUCAAGGCUUCAGGCGUUAAUGGCGACUAUUUCUUUGAGACGAACGAAAGAGAAAACUCUGAUUGGUUUGCUGCCUCGAAAAACUAUCAUUACAUGUAAUGUGGAGCUUUCUGUAGAUGAGCGAAAGGUGUAUGAUCAGAUGGMAACCAAAGCCAAGACAUUUGUUGCACGAUAUAUUUCUGUAGGAAGUGUAACAUACAAUUACUCGACCAUUCUAAGCAUCAUUUUACGGCUUCGCCAGAUAUGCACGCAUWUGGAAUUAUGCCCUUUAGAUUUUAGAUCAUCACUUCCAUCCUACAACUUUGAAGAACUUGCAGAUGCAUCCAACAACCCGAAACUACUCCAAAAGCUCGUUUUAAUGCUACAAGACGGGGAGGAUUUCGAUUGUCCGAUUUGCCUCGCUCCACCUACUCAAAUCGUCAUUACGUCUUGUGCCCACUUCUUUUGUCGAACCUGCAUCAUCGGAGCUCUAAACCAUUCCAUAUCUGUCUGCCCACUCUGCCGCUGCCAGUUGUCUGAAUCUGACAUCUUCUCACCACCACCCGAGUAUGCCACCGAGCCCAAUCAAGCUGGUUCUUCCUCCUCUUGUCAACCAUCUUCCAAAGUGGCUGCUCUUUUAAAACUUCUAGAAGCAUCAAGAAACGAAAACCCGUCCAUAAAAUCCGUCAUUUUCUCUCAGUUUCGUAAACUGCUGCUUUUACUCGAAGAACCAUUGAAAGCGGCCGGAUUCAAGACUCUGCGGUUAGAUGGAGCAAUGACGGCA